UACUGCGCUGUAUUUCAGAGGCCAUCUAUUAAGGAUAUGGAAACAAAAAAUGCAACAGAGCUGACAGAGUUUGUUCUCACAGGACUUACAUAUGAACCAAUAUGGCAAGUCCCCCUGUUCCUGCUGUUCUUGAUGAUAUACCUCAUCACUAUCAUGGGAAACCUUGGUCUGAUAGCUCUCAUCUGGAAAGACCCCCACCUUCAAAUUCCCAUGUACAUAUUCCUUGGGAAUUUGGCCUUAGUGGAUAUCUGGCUAUCCUCCACAGUGACUCCCAAGAUUCUGGUCAACAUUAUCACCCAGAAUAAGAGGAUAUCUCUCUCUGAAUGCCUGGUGCAAUUUUUUUCAUUUGCAGUCAGUGCAACUACAGAAUGUUUUCUGCUGGCAAUGAUGUCAUAUGAUCGUUAUCUAGCCAUAUGCAACCCACUACUUUAUCCAGCAAUUAUGACUCAUAGACUAUGCAUGGGAAUGUUAGUCUCAUCAUUUGUUGGUGGCCUUUUUCAUGCCUUAAUUCAUACAGGCUUUUUAUUAAGAUUAACCUUCUGUAAUGACAACAUAAUACAUCACUUUUAUUGUGACAUCAUGCCAUUGUUUAAAAUUUCUUGCACUGACCCUUCUAUUAAUGUUCUGAUGAUAUUUAUUUUCUCUGGCUCAAUACAGGUGUUCACCAUUCUUAUUGUUCUUAUCUCUUAUACAGUAGUUCUGUUCACAAUUUUAAAAAAGAAGUCUGCACAAGGCAUAAGGAAGGCCUUCUCCACCUGUGGGGCCCACCUUCUCUCUGUCUCUUUAUACUAUGGCCCUCUUCUUUUUAUGUACGUGCGUCCUGGAUCCACACAAGCAGAUGAUCAGGAUAUGAUGGACUCUCUGUUUUACACUGUAAUAAUUCCUUUCCUAAAUCCAAUUAUCUACAGCCUGAGAAAUGAAAAAGUCAUAAAUUCACUGCUAAAAAUAUUAAAAAGAGACAGUAAGAUUUAA